AUGAAUAGGAUAGGGGUUGUAGAUAGGCUAAGCGAAUUGCCAGAUUGCUUGCUGUGUGAGGUUCUUCUGUAUUUUCCCCCAAAAGAAGUGGUCAAGACUAGCGCCUUCUCCAGAAGAUGGAGAAACCUCUGGAAAUGUGUACCUCGUUUGGAUUUGGAGUAUGGUGAUUUCCCGGAUCAUGAGGCUGUUCUGAGUUUUCUCGAUAGCUUUCUGGGUUUUGAGAGCGACUCAGUGCUGCAAGAAUUCAAGCUAAAGUCUGAAUCUUUCGAGCUAAAGGAAGAUGAGGUAUGGGGUGAGUUUGAUGAUGCUCAUAUCCCUCGCUGGAUCAACAUUGUAGUAGGUAACCGGAAAGUCGAACAUCUCAAAGUUCUGGAGAGAAGAUAUCCUUAUGACAAGGGACUGAAGAUACCUGCAACAAUCUACACUUGUGAGAGCUUGGUAACAUUGGAGCUCCGUGACGUAAUCUUGCAUGAACCAAGCUCCGUUUCUUUACCUCAUCUCAUAACCAUCAAAUUAGAAGGGCUUGCCUAUGCCAACGAUCAGAAUUUCGAAAUGCUCAUCUCAGGCUGCCCAGUUCUUGAAAGCUUAUAUGUUAAGAGGUCUCCCUAUGAGGACGUAUUUGUCUUCCGUGUGUGCUCUCAGUCUCUACUGAGCUUCACUCUUGUUGGCCACAACGACUACGAAAUGGCGGGAGAUAUUGAUGCUGUGAUUGAUGCUCCUAAGCUUGAGUAUCUCGAGCUUUUUCAAGACCAAACAAGUCUUUCCAUAAUCAAUAAUCUGGGCGCGCUUGUUAAGGUGGAUAUGGAUACUAGGUUUAACUUGCCUUACGAAUACAGAGACAUGCUCCAUCCGAAUGAUGUGCCAAGGAGAAAGAUAAUUCGUGAUUUUCUCAUGGGAAUCUCUAGUGUCAGAGAUAUGGUCAUCUCUUCGGAUACUCUCGAGAUCAUCUAUGAUUUCUCGAGAUGUGAACAAAUACCAAUACCCUUGUUUCGCAACCUAUCUUCCUUGCAUGCUAACUUCUUCCACAACAACUGGGAAGUGUUGCCAGUCUUCCUCCAGAGCUGCCCGAAUCUAAAAACUCUCUCCUUGUCAUUUAGUGAAGAAGAUCCUUGGGAGCAGGCAAAUGAUAUUUUACUUGGACCUUGUCGUCUCCUACCAACUCUCGAGUAUGUUCAGAUAGACAAGGAAAUGAAAGGCGACGUGGUGGCAUUCGUGAAACUGGUGAGCUACUUUCUGGAGAAGUCGACAAUCCUCAAGAAAUUCACUUUCUCCUUGAGAGAUUUCAGUGAGGAGGAAGAACAUGCCAUCCUCAAAAGGCUCCUUGCUCUGCCAAGACUCUCUAGCUCAUGCAAAGUUGUCGUUCUCUGA